AUGUCCGGCUUCCAAAUCCCCGGCCUGGGGUUUGCGAAACCUAAUGAGACCCUGCCGCCGGUGCCCGCCGAUGUUCUCGCUGCUGCGGCCAGCUUCGAGGGCGUCGACACCACCAACACCACUACCAACAGCGCUCCGGAGCAGAAGCAAGACCAUAAUGAGGAUGUCAAUAUGGGAGAGAACACGACCGAAUCGCAGGCAACCCCCGCGCCCGCCACCGCGCAACCCGUCGCUGCACUAGAGGAGGCCAAGUCUACCGAACCCGAGCCCAUGAAUGUCGACGACGACGCCGAGCCCCCUUCCCUGACAGACGCCCUCGAGGCCAUGAUCAGCGGUCUCGACCACACUCCUCCAGUCCAACCAGCCGAAGUCUCUCAGGAGACGGCCCCCGCAGCCCACGAAGCGCCUGCGUCUGGGCCUGUGUCAGCGCCUGAGAUGCUUGACGUUUCCCAGAUGCUUGACGCCCCUGCCUCUACCACAGAACAACCCGCCGCCGAAGGCGAACACCCAGAGUGGGAAGUCGACUCCUCACCCUACGAGUCCUCCUCAGAGUCAAGCAGUGACGACUCCUCGUCCGACGAGGAAUCCGAGGCCGGCGGCUACCAGCUCCUCGGCGUGGAGGAGACGGCGCGCAUGCUGAUGGAGAUGGAGGGCGGCUCGGACGACGAGGGCGACGGCAAGGGCGGUGCCGGUGGCGCCGCCUCGGGGCACCUCCGGACCAAGAACGAGGUGGCCGUCGAGACGAUCCCCAAGCCCGACGUCACGCUCACCGCGGACGACAAGAUUGAGGAGCUCGGCCUCGUGGAGCAGAUUGUCGAGAAUAUCAUGGUGGUGAGGGCCUUUACGCCGGGCGAGUACCAGGUCCUCGACACGGGCUCGGUGCUCUGCACAGAGGAUAAAAAGGUGUUUGGCGUCGUGUGGGAGACGAUUGGAAAGGUGCUGCAGCCCAUGUACACCGUCAUGCUGUCCACGGCCGAGGAGAUCAAGGAGGCCGGGUUGGCUGUGGGAACAAAAGUGUACUACCCGCCCGCGCAUGCGAAAUUCGUCUUUACGCAGCCGCUGAAGAACCUCAAGGGCUCGGACGCGAGUAACAUCCACGACGAGGAGAUUGCCGAGGACGAGAUGGAGUUCUCGGACGACGAGAAGGAGGCGGAGCACAAGAGGCAAAUCAAGCAGAAGAAGAAGGAGGCGAGGUUCGGCAAGGAUGGCGGCGGCGGCGGCGGCGGUCCCAGCGAGAAGAGGAGUAGAGGCAAUCGCGAGCCGCAUCCGCUGCGGAACGAGGUCAGCGCUGCGCCUUCCACGGACGGCGGACUCAACUACGAUGAUGAAGACGAUGGUCCCUACAAGCCCCUUGCGCGGCCGCCUGGGUUCGGCCAGGUCCCGCCGGCGCAGCAGAACUUUACCACGGAGCCCGAGCCCGGUCGAUUCGGCGGGCGUAGAGGAGGGCGCGGUGACUUUAGGGGACGCGGUGACAGAGGUAGGGGAGGUCGUGGUCGCGGACGCGGAGGGUACGGAAACCGUGGGGAUCACAGGGAGGGAUACUCGGCGCCUCAGAGACAUCACUCGGGCGCGCAGCAAGAGGGCGGCGGUGGUGGCCAGCAACACCAACAGCAGCAGCAACAACCUCAGGGUGGACAAUGGGGCACCGCGAAUGGAUACCAGGCGCCUCACCAGAACUACAACCCGCAGCAGCAGCAGCAGCAGCAGCAGCAGCAGCAGCAGCAGGGUGCGCCUGCGCCGACAUUCAACUUCCCGUUCCCCGGGAUGCCUAUGCCGCAGCCGGGACAGCAGGGCUUCUCUGCCGUUCCGCCGCCGCCGCCUGGUUGGCCGGCGCAGGGUGGUCAGCCGGGGCAAGCUGGACAGAAUGCGCAGGGUGCUUAUAUCAACCCGGCCUUCUUCGCCGCGUUGCUUGGUCAGAUGCAGCAGAAUCAAGGCCAGCAGCAGGGACAGCAGCCGCCUCAACCACCGCAUCAAUGGGGUGGUGCUCAGCCGCCUCCUCGGUAA